AAUCCCUGCCCUCGUCAGUGAAGCAAUGCUCGACAUUGUGCAGCUGAGGAGCCACGCCUUGCUGCAUGCGCCGUCGACACCUGUGGGUUGAUGCGAGCAGUGAAGAAACGGGGAAAGGGGCGAAAGUGAAUCACAGGACUUGCAUUCUUUUGACACAAAAUUCGGGUUUGCGCAACGUCUAGGUCAUGUGUCUGCGUGUCGACAAAGAAGGCGAGCCUCGAGCGCAACAGGACCAGAGCUUGGCGCGUCGAUCGCAGCUAAUAUCGAGUGCCCGGCCAACGUACGUCAUCGGCCCGCACCUGCAGACACCCUCCCCCCGCUCUUGGUGUGGUGCUGCUUCGGUUGCUCCUCCGCGUCCCGAUGAACCAGGCAACGCAGCGCAGGAGGUGACCACACCUACCCUAUAGCCGACUGUGAGCAAGUCUUAAUUGUCAUUCCCCUUUAUUUUGGCUCACGCUAUCAGUCGCAGAGCAACCAGCCUGCGUGUCCAAACCAAAACAUUGCGCUUAGCCAGAUUUCCGAGUGCUUUGUUUUCCUCCUUGAGUCGAGAUAUACCAACAAAAGAGGCUAACAAAGAAAGGGGUGAAGAAGUCAGUUACUAGUAGGAACUAGGCUACGAGCAUCAGUCCACCCCAAGAACAUCGCUUUCGUCAAGACCCAUCCAAGCGUCGAUCCCCAUCACAUCAUCCUUGCCACCGUCCGGGUCCCUAUACCUACGCCUCGACUUGGAUCCAAGCUCCAGAGCCGUCAUCGCCUCCUCCGCUCCUCAGACAAGGCCGACCGAUCUACAGCGCCCCGAGCGAGCCGCCGCUGCACAACCACCCUCACGUCACAAUGGAGGAUGUCACCAGAACCGUGAUGCGGCUCCUGCAGCUCCUGUGGGUUGUGCUGCUGACGGCCCUCAUCGGCAACGUGAUCGCGCUCAACGUCGGCGCGGCCGGGAGCGCGCAGGCGGCCGUCAACUUCGCCAUGUUCGUCGCCGUGGUGGUGUGGAUGGCGGCGCUCUACGGCCUCGUCACGCACUACAUCUCGACGCUCUUCUCCCCCACCGUCGCUAUGGUGCUCGACAGCGCCGCGACGCUCUUCACCUUUAUCGGCGGCGUCGUGCUGGCCGCCAAGCUCAAGGUCACCAGCUGUGGCGGGGCCCUGGACCCCAAAGACCUGGGCGCCGACUGGAUCGGGUUCGGCAGCGCCGACGACACCAAGCGCUGCCGCGAGAUCCAGGCCUCGGCUGUCUUCCUCUGGUUCCUCUUCUUCUGCUUCUGCGUCUCGCUCUUCUUCACCUUCCGGACGUUCCGCCGAGCCGGCGGCGGCUCGGUCCUCUCCAGCGCCCCGACCAUGUCGCAGCUUCGCGUAUAGGAGGAAGGCGAGGUUUGAUGUGGACGGGCGUGGCGGUGGGAAGGUGCACGAACACGAAGAAGAUGAAAAAAAAGACCUUCCUCCCGCGGUUUUCUCUAAUCUCCAUAUAUACAUAGUUGUUGCCGAGGCCCCACGGGGGAUCGGCCGGUCGGCCGGGCGACGGUGGAGCACAUUGUGUAUCCACUCCCGGCCCGGCCGGCCUCCACACACCCGGUGUGUGCGACGUGCCACCCCGGAGCGGGGCGGUCCAACCGCCGAUCUGCAUCAGGCUUGGCUGGCAUGGCGAGACUCGGCUACCCCCUCCCCACUUGCUCACCCACUGCCGUAUUCUCGUUGGGAUCUGGUCAGCGGGUUGGGCUGGGUGGAGGUUAGGAUCAUUGUCGCGGGUAUUUCGUUCUUUUUCUUCAUUACCCAGGGGCCGUCUUACUUGACGCGUGCCAUUUUGCUUUAACGACGUGGCAACGACCACACCCAGCUGGCUGGCUGGCUGGCUGGCUUCCCGAACCUGAGCUGGCCUUUGCUACGGCUAGCGGCUGUACUUCUGGCACGCAGUGUUUCGUACGAUACGCGGGACUGAUGGAAUUAUUUCGGACUGGGACGUUAUUAUUUGGGUAAACAUAUAUGGGUUUGGUCGGAGGAUUCGCUUUUUCUGGGAGCCCCCCUUCGACUAGUGCCGACAGGCCUGGACGACCGAGGGAUGCCAUGUGGGACGACUUAGGUUAUAUGCGGCACGGAAGUUCAAUGUGAUUAUAAUAUUUUCAUGUUGUAUUUUUAACAUUCCCUGUCAAUGGAAUUCGGGUACUGCCGCGUGCGCGCCUCGGCA